AUAUCGAAAAUGCCGCCAACUACUGGGAACGAAGGUUAUUGACAGGGGUGAAAGCAAGGUUUUGAAACAACGUGGCCAGAUAUAAGGCAAUUAUUAGUUUAUCUCUCAAGUGUUCACUCUGCGCUGGAUUAUCCUCAGUUAGGGGCGUGGGCCUCCUGCAACUUUCAAGGCAAACUGCAGCUUUAAAAGUGGGAUGUUCCUGAUUGCUUUGGUAAGAAUGAGGAAAUACUGAGUAACAACGGUCCGAGGGAGAGCAAGUCCCAAGAUAUCCGACACAAGACCGUCCGACUGAGCAGAGCUCCCCAGUAGCUGACCAUAUCCUCGCCCAGCAUCCGCGAGGCUGAUGGGGGAUUCAGGAAUUACGAGCGGUAUAACGCCGGGCAGCCCAGAGGACGCCAGCACGCCUGCAGAGGAUUCGGGCAGCAGUCCGGAGUACGUAGCGUUCGGCCUCGUGCCUGUCUUCUUCCUGCUGGGACUGCUGGGGGUGCUCAUCUGCCAUGCGCUCAAGAAGAAGGGCUACCGGUGCACCACUGAGGCCGAGGACGCGCAGGCGGCCGAGGACGAGCUCGAGAAGGACCUGGAGAGAGCAGAUCUGAAUGACACCUACAGCGAGGGCAACACGGACACUGUGGGCCAGAUCGUCCACUACAUCAUGAAAAAUGAAGCAAACACAGAUGCCUUGAAAGCCAUGAUCAAUGACAACAGCAUCGACUCUGAAGGCCCUGUCACCCCCACCUCUCCUAUGACCCCCACAACGCCAGGGACCCCAGUGUCACCGGGGUCACCAAGGUUUCCGGGGGCGCCCGCUGCCGCGGCGACGAAGCACACGUGCAACCACCUGCACACCAUUGGUGGCGCGGUGACCCAGAAGAACAUCUGCAACCGCUGCAGCCAGAAGAAGUGGCCACUGAUGCGCCGAAACUCCGCGAGGAAGCCGAUUGACCGGCGGGAGGUGACCGUGCUCGCUGUAGGCCGGUUCCGGGUGACCAAGUGUGAGCCCAAAACAGGUAAGGAGCGCCGCACCCUCCUGAUCACCGAACCCAACGGGACGGUGUCCGCCGCCGCUCCCACUGAAGAUGCAGCCCCUGAAGAGCGACGCCCCUCACAGGCACAAGAGGAGACGGAUGCAAAGUGAGAUGAGAGAAGUUGGAGGACCAACGCCGACAGACUGAGGAGAGGCACAGCGCACCGGCAGAGAGAGACUGAAAACAAACGUUUAUAAUGCAUUUUAAUCCCAAAGUAAAUCCAAGCUAUGACCAGCCAAUGAGACAACACAUCAGCGGUCUGAAAAACCCUCACACACACACACACACACACACACACAGCAGCAACCAGUAUGAACACGCCAGCAUCACCUACACACACACACACACACACACACACACACACACACACACACACACUCUCCCGUUGGUGGACAGCUGUGUCGGUAAGGGGAGUUUGUCCAUCCUCCUUAGCCAUAAUCCAGCCAAUCAGAGGCUGGCUCACAGAGAUGAUUGACAGUGGUUGAGGUGGUGAUGAGAGACAGAGUGAAGAGAAUAAAAAAAAAGAGAAGCUUUUUCUUGUCCCAAUCGACCAUGAUCAAGGCCCUAAAUCAUCCAAGGUCAAUUAGCAGGUUAGGGCCACGGACCGAAGCACAAGGGUCGGAUGACCUUUCGACCCCACUCAAUCCAUUGCCGUGAUGACCCCCCUCCCUUCACAAACACAUGAUGGCGUCGCUUUCAGUCGUGACCUGCCCUUUAUAAGGGGGAAAAAAACAUCACUGUCAAGUGAAGAGGCGCAACUGUUAAUGGUUAAACCCUCAUGGUGCCACUGUCAGACAAGAGGUAUGUGUGUGU